AUGGCUGGGUCAUUCCGAGGCCAAGAUGGCCGAGGCUUAAUCUUCACAAUCGUAAUAUUCAAGGGUUCAAACGUUAAUGUUAGAGCAACAUUACUAUUUAAAAGACACCAUGAGGAUCUUGGGAGUUGCGCGUGCGCAGUCUUGCUCUACCGUGGGGAACUGUUGCUCUCCAUUUUGUUUUGCAGUCUGAUAAAAGUGAAGUGCCCGUGGACUGUGAACACACUGAAACUGAUCGAUAGAUCUGCAUGGUACCAAACACCCUGUGACAUGUUGCCACAUAAACAUGAAAGCUACUUUUGUAAUGUGAAACCAGAAAGAAAUGAUGAAUUUGAUUAUGAUGAAGAUGAUAAUCAUGGUGAUGGAAUGGAACAAGUUUGGUUGAAGAGGUAG